GAAAUUGUGAGACUUGCACGCGGAGUGGGUCCGCCGAGGUAUGCUGUCACGAGUCCCCGCACUUUGCAAGUAAUAGAGAGCAGAAAGUUCCUUCCUCUCUACUGUAGCAGUUUGUUCUCUGGUGGCGACUGUGCUCAGCGACAAGUUGGAGAGUAGAGAAAAGGCAAAAUAAUCAGCAUUUGAGGGUCAGAGAAGAAAAGAAAACGCAGUUAAUUCUAGAAGGUUUUCUGUCCACACGUGACCUAGGUGACUCUGUCCUGAAGACCUAUGGAGCCUACGACUUCCCUGCGUUCUUGCCCAUUAGCCUCCCUUCUCUUCUUCUUGGUCCUCAGCCUGUUUGUGCUGGUCUCAGCCCAGUUUACUGUCAUAGGACCAGCUGAGCCCAUCCUGGCCAUGGUAGGAGAGAAUACCACACUACACUGCCACCUGUCACCAGAGAGAAAUGCAGAAGAGAUGGAGGUACGGUGGUUCCGGUGGCGUUUCUUCCCUGCAGUGCUGGUGUACAGAGGUCAUCAAGAGAGACCAGAGGAGCAGAUGGUGGCAUACCGAGGAAGAACCACCUUCAUGAGCACAGACAUCAGCAAGGGAAGAGUUGCACUCAUUAUCCACAAUGUCACAGCCUACGACAAUGGCAUCUACUGCUGUUACUUCCAGGAAGGCAGGUCCUAUGACCAGGCAACCAUGAAGCUUAUGGUGGCGAGCCUUGGCUCAGAGCCACUUAUUAAAAUGAAGACACUUGAGGAUGGGAGCAUCUUGCUAGAGUGCACAUCUGAAGGGUGGUACCCAGAGCCCCGAGCUGUGUGGAGAGACCCCUAUGAUGAAGUUGUACCUGCCCUAGAGGAGGAGUAUACAGCUGACAGAGAAGGCCUCUUCACAGUCACCAUGACUAUAAUCAUCAGGGACUGCUCUGUGAGGAACAUGACCUGCUCUGUCAACAACACUCUGCUCAGCCAGGAGGUGGAAAGUGUGAUUCUCAUUCCAGAAUCUUUCGUGCCCAGCCUUCCUCUGUGGAUGGUGGCUGUGGCUGUCGCUCUGCCUGUAGUAAUGCUGAUUCUCCUCACAUCUGGAAGCAUCUGCCUUGUCAAGAAACACCGCAGGAAGAAAUCUAUUCUGUCAGCUGAGAAAGAAGCUGAAUAUGAAGAGAAGGAAGCUGCACGGCAACUUCAAGAGGAACUGCGAUGGAGACGAACCCUCUUACAUGCUGCUGACGUGGUCCUGGACCCAGAUACAGCUCAUCCUGAGCUCUUCCUGUCAGAUGACCAGAGAAGUGUAAUACGAGGCUCUUCGAGGCAGAGUGUGCCUGACAACCCUGAGAGAUUUGACUGCCGUCCAUGUGUCCUGGGCAGGGAAAGCUUCUCCUCAGGGAAGCAUUACUGGGAGGUGGAGGUGGAAAAUGUAAUGGUGUGGGCCAUUGGUGUUUGUAGAGACAGUGUGGAAAGGAAAGGGGAGGCCCUGUUGGUUCCUCAGAAUGGCUUCUGGACGCUGGAGAUGUUUGGAAGCCAGUAUCGAGCCCUGUCCUCCCCAGAAAAGAUCAUACCUCUGAAAGAACGUCUUCACCGUAUAGCUGUCUUCCUGGACUGUGAGGGUGGAGAUAUUUCUUUCUACAACAUGAGAGACAGAUCACACAUUUAUACAUGUCCUCCUGUGACUUUCACUGGGCCCCUGAGACCCUUCUUUAGGCUCGGUUCUGAUGACAGUCCCCUGUUCAUCUGUCCAGCAUUCACAGGGGCACAGGGAGUUACAAUACCUGAGGGUGGCUUAUUCCUAUAUAAGACAAGACCAAUUUCUCAGAGCCUUGUAAGGAAGCCAUAGCUCUCUACACUGUUGGAGACUAGACCCCGUGUCCUUCAGGUCACAUGGAACAUCUUCCAGCUGCCGCCUUCACACAUACUUCAGGCCCAGGCCUCAGAUACCACAUCAUUUCUUCUAACUAUGGGCCUAGGUAGACCCAGUCUUAGGGGACUAUUGCUGUAAUAUAGCUCUGUCCUGAGAAGAAAGUGUGAGAAGGGCAGAAAACUUGGAGCUUCAACAUGCUGCUCUGGUCACAGUGGAUGUCAGGCAAGAGCAACAGGGUGGCUCAGGAUGUAAGAAGUGAGAACUGCAGAGGAAGGAGACAGAUAAAGAGGAAUUGAGGCCGAAGAUGGAGGAAAUGGACUGAAGAGCUCUGGGGUAAGCCCUAUGUGACAGCUGUGGAUAGGUAGGAGCUAAUGGUUCAUUGAUAUCCAAAGCCAAAGAUUUAAAUAUCACAUAAUGUGUCUGGAGUGUAUACCUGUAGACCUACACAUGAGAGGAGAUAAUCAUAGUGAUGAACUGGAUGUAAGCUGGCUCAGACGUCCUGACAAUAAACACUCACUUCCGAGUUCCAUGUCUGUGCUCAGUAAGAAUGGCUUGAGGCUUGCGGUCCAUGCUGAGCAGCCAGGUCCACAUGACUCGGACGGAUUUACUAGAGUAGGUAGCAGUUCAAGUUCCUUAGGCUCAGGAUGUCUUCCUUUCCCCGAGCCCUUCCCCCUUCAAGACAGGUCUCACUAUGUAGACCAGGCCAGCCUCCACCUCCAGAGUUCCAGGAUUAAAGACAAGCACAGCCAUGUCCAGUUUAUGAGCUCAUGUUACAUACAGAAGAUUAAGUUCUGUGUCCUUGGGUUAGUAACUGUUGAGAUUUGUUUUGAGUCGUGCACUCACUAGGUAGCACUGUUCUUGACUUUCUCUCUCCAUCUUUUUGUUAUUGCUUUUCAAGACAUGGUUUCACUGUAUAUUUCUGGCUGAUAAGCUGAUCUUGAACUCACAGAGAUCUGUCUCUGCCUCCUGAGUGCUGGGAUUAAAGGUGUGUUCCACUACGCCUGGCUUCACUCUCUCUUCAGUGUGGGGAUUAUAGGCUUAUACUAUCAUGUCUGUUGCUGCAUAUGACAUUUGAAGUUUAGAAUAGAAAAACAACUAUAUGUAUUAAUAUAUAUUAAACUAAUAAUAAGC